AACUUUAAUUUCUUUAUAAUAUGGCAAAUGCAGACUUAAAAGAUGAUGGCACGAACUUACCUCGUGUUCACAACGCCCUCUACUUUCCUGAUUUAACAGUUUUCGGCCCGGAAAUAAGUACUGAGCUGUAUCCAAUGUGUGGAAGCCUUGGAUGGAAAAUUUCAACUCAGGCCGAUGCCGACAGAGUUCCAGUUUUCAACUACUGUAUUGUGGAAGGGAAUCACCAGAAUGGCAAUGUUGUAAAUAUCUUGAAACGUGGUGACUGGAUAACCUUGAUCAAUGGUACAAGCACAACUGACAAAGAUGAAGCCUUUUUUGAAAAGGUGAAAACUGCAUGCUGUGAUCGGGAGGAUGGUCUGAGUCUAGUCAUAAAAACACCAGCAGAACAACAAGAAUUUCACCUUUGGGAUCCAAAGCCAGUGAAAAUUGACAUUAAAACCAGACGCAAGAUUUUGCCUUGUACUCUUGAAAUAUUUUACCCUGACUUAAGUGACACCAGCAAAACAUUUACACUGGUUCACAAGAUUCAACAACAAAAGCUAGACCUGAAGGGUCUUAAACGAGGAGACAAGAUCAUUGCCAUCAAUGACAUUCAACUUCAGAACAAGACGUACAAAGAGCUGGACCAAAUUACUAGCCAGCUUAAGAAACAACAGCAGCUUAAACUAACAGUUGAGCGAAGACAAUGGAGGCAGAAUGGGUAUCUCACCAAAUCUGCAAUAGACAGACCAACACAUUUAAUCUGGAGACCACUUCAAGCUGAGUUGAAGAAAAAAAAGCUGACAAAGAAGCUUGGCUUCAAGAUAGAGAGUGUUGAGAAUCCACUUGAACAGCCCUGCAUAAUUAUCACACAUAUUUCUGCUGGAGAAAAGCCUGCCGCAAUGUCUCCAUAUCUCAACCCUGGAUGCAAGAUAAUAGCAAUUAAUGGACAGGGAUUGAAUGGCCUCUCCUUCGAGAAAGUGAAAGCCAUGCUCCAGAGAGCUCCAGCAUCAGUGAUGUUAACAAUACAAGAGCCCACAUGUUUGCUACAUGAAAAAAGAUUUCUCCCUUCUGGUGGAAGGUACACAUGGCCUGUUGAGGUAGAAAGAGCACCACUUUGCAAGUCCAUAAGUGAAGGACAGUUUCCUCUUGCAAAUGAGCACUACAUUUGCUCAAUGUGUAGUCAUAAAGCAGCAGGCCAGAAUAUCACUGCUGAUGCCCAAUCUACUCCUUUGUCAGUGCUUCCACAAUCAGGAGCAGAGUCUGGCAGCAUCCAAAAUGGUCAAGAGUUAAAAGAUAUUUCACCUGUUGCAACCACACCAGCAUCUUCCCAACCAAGGGGAUCUGAUGAAACAAAAAGUGCUGUAAGGGAUGGUCUCAGCUCAAGCACUAGAUAAGGUGGCACACAGGAAAUGGGAAGCAUCGAACAUGGUCAAGGGUUAAAAGAUUCUACAGCUGUCCAAACCACAUCUCUGUGUGCGUCUCCUGGACCAAACGGUUAUGCUGUUCAACCAACAGGAUACAAUGAAACAAGAAGUGCCUCAUGGAAUGGCCCUAGCUCAAGCACUAGAUAUGGUGGCACACAGGAAAUGGGUAACAUCCAAAAUGGGCAAGAGUUAGAAGAUACUUCAGCUGCCCAAACCAAUUCCCUUUUUACAUCUCCUGAACUAGCAGGAUGCAAUGACCAACCAACAGGAUACAAUGAAACAA